CCAACUGAUCAUUACUGGUCUCCACGAAUCGUGAAAAGGUGGGAGAUCUGAACUGAUAUUUCGRGCACGCUGGUGUCUAAUUCUUCGUCGCUCAUAGGAAGCUUCUUGCGCCUUCAGACACAUCAAGAUAUCUCUGAGAUCUUCAAGAAAGAUACAGUCGGAUUGCGAUAAAGUUUGCCCGACAGUGUUGCUGUCGACUYCGAUAGCUCCGUUCAAUUCCGAUGGCAUUGAAGCUGGAGAUAUCAUGUUGAUUGAUGAUACCGACGACAUGGUUGACGAUCCGCCCGUUUCAGCUCCUUGAGACCGAUGAUAUGAUUCGUUGUAGAGUUUUUGAGGCAUAGUGAUUUGUGUUUGUGAACGAUGGAUAAAGAUAGAUUAUCGUGGAAGGAAACAUCAAAAAAGUACUUUGUGAAGAUUGCUACUGCAGCUUGGUAGGUUAUUCGAUUAUAAUCUACCUUGUAAACUUUGCGUACGGUAUGUUGUGUUUUCUUUAAUGUCUUUCGACAGUUACCUCUUGUCCAAAACAGAAGGGUAAGGUAAGAGGAGGAGUCGCCGAGUUGUUUGUGAGAGUAAAUUCAAACGUAUGGGCUUUCGUCUGUGCGAUUUUUGUAGAGAGGGUUUUUGUCCGUUGGCAGUGUUCACGAUUAUGAUACGAGUAAAGUGUGUACUGUACACCAAUUUUCAUGAAUAAAAUGAGCGCAACCGGGUCUUAAACUAGUGGUGGGAACUAUGUUCAUAGAACCUCAACGCGACUGGGCGAGGUGUUGUGUAUCGUGUAGACUUUCGACAAGUUCAAAUCGGGUUUGUCCUAUGUGACAAAAUCUUUGUGUGYGAGUCCUAAUUAUCACUAUCGUAAGUCMAGCCAACCGUUAAAGAUGCAUCUGUUAAAGGUCUCCCCUGGAUACUCGAGCAGUAGGGUAGCGAGCUAAAAGCGAUAAUAUAGGCCUAGCAGAUAAAUAUACUAUUCAGAACUGUAUAGUACAUUUAAARUACGAGUUAKUUUGAAAGAUCAAAUUAAAAGUCGAGUUAGAAAACUGAGUCUUAUCGAACGACUCGAAAACAAGAACCCGAGAGAGCCGGCAAGAAAAUGAAACAGGGUUGAACAAACAURCUGUUUUUGGCAUCAACUUCCGUGAAAUUGUUAAGCCGCGCGGGGAUUUCGCGGUAGUUCGCCAACGUCAACUACCAAUCAUGUUCUGAARUMGUCGMAUGUGUGACAUUUCGAUAAGUCAAUGGACGGCUUUUGGUCGCGUGGGAGCUCAACUGCCUAAUCGUGGGGUUUCCRACAACGGCUUUACAAGAGUCACAGCCAUUCAAACAGAAAAUGCCGUAUCCGACAGUAACGUGGAGUAUCACAAAACCRAUGUCAAAACCCGUUGUCGGAGCGCUCAACCUUCGCUGUCACAAAACYGUACGAACCAUAGAACACGCCGGGAACCUUUGAAUUCGUUGAGAAGGUCGACAUCUUGUUGCCUGUUGAUAUCACAAUUGCAAAUUACAAACCUUACUAUUUCCUUUGUAGCGACAGACACCUCAGAAAGCUACGAUCACCAUGGAAUUACAUUCUCUGUAUCAUGCCGCGGACGAGACUGAUGUGCGUUCUGUACAAUCGAACCACUCACAAAAAUCGGCAGUKGUUGAUUCGAUGGUAGGCGCCUCGAAGAACUGCAGCUCCUGGGUUGUCGGUUACUGUGGAAUGUGUACUGAUUAUAUGGACAAACAGGUUCAGUACGAAAUUAUGGCCCAGCGUUUUCAGGAAACUGCCAACAACCUGAAACCUACAGGGACAUUUGAUAUUCAGAAGGCGAUGGCGUCCUGCCACUCCAAUUUCGAUGACAUCAAGGCCACAGCYGCUAGAAUGUUUGACGAGGAUUCCGUUGUCGAAUCGAUCGAUCUUCGUCAAUAAGCAUUUAGGGAUGRAAUUGAUAAAAAUUCAAAACUAACUGAAACGACUGAUCGUGUGAUUGUUGUUGCAACUGCAAUGCGGAUUGAUUCGAUGCCAAUAAUUGCAAUAUUUGUCUUCAGCAAGACGCGAGAAACUUCAGUUGGAAAAGCCAUCACCAUCAAGGAGUAAAAGAUGACURAAAGUGCAUUUCCUCUCUGUCGGAGUCCACUGUUCCAGAAUAUGGGGUGCAGUGUACGCCGGUUGGAGUGAAUUGCUUACGAACGCUCUAUGAGGAGAAGAGAAUACUGUUUCAAAUAGAUAGACUACAAAAUAAACCUAAUACAAAUGUACAUAUACC